AUGGCAGGCCGCUACGGUCAAUCGUACCGCGAGGGCAACGGCUACGGCAACUUUGGCCGCCCGGGCGACGACUACAAGAACUUCCAAGAUAGCCAACCCAGCGACCGAUAUGGCGCGCCGCCCUCGCUGCAGCCCCCGCGGCAGCAGCAGCCGCCCCCUGCCAUCCGCAACAUGCCCUCUCGAUCGCGCGUGCAAGAGACAAACGCCGAGAGACAGAUUAGCCAGGUCCUAGAGCACAUCAAGGCGGAAUGGCCCUCCAUGUGCCAGGACGACUGCGUCCCCGUCCAGCUUUCGCUGCAGCUUCUCGACUCCAGCUCCGUCGGCCGCGCCCACGAGUAUCGUAAAUUCCAGAAGAGCCAUUCAUACCUGCAGGAGUCUCUCAAGGGCAUCGUCCACGAACAUCACCAAGGCUUCAAUAGUUCCAUCGGUACUUUCCACAAGAUCCAGGGCAGCAUCCAGGCCUCGCAGAAACGGGUCCGCGCCCUCAAGGAGUCCCUGGCCAACUCCAAGACGAGUCUCUGCUCGACUGAUUUGGAGCUUAAGAAGCUCUCCAAGUCGUCACAAGAGUUUGACGAUCUGCUUCUGGUUCUCAAUGAGCUGGACGAGCUGCGUGCAGUGCCUGAUCAGCUCGAGGCCCGGAUAUCCGAGAAACGGUUCUUGACAGCCGUCGAGGUGCUGCAGAAUGCACUCCGGAAGCUCAGGAAGCCCGAGUUGGACGACAUUGGUGCACUGGCUGACCUGAGAAGCUAUCUUGCCAACCAGGAGACUGCCCUAAUGGAUAUUCUGGUCGAGGAGCUACACGAGCACCUCUAUCUCAAGUCACCAUAUUGCCAGGAGAGAUGGCAGAGUCUAGCCAAGGCCCAGGGUGCCCUCAAUGAGAGCUACAGUGACACAAGUGCCAUUGCUCCAUUCCAUACGAUUCUUGACUCUGUCGAUAUCGAAAAGGCAGUGAGCGAGGAUCCAAUGAAGAAUCCCGAGGCAGACACAUUCUAUUACACUACGUUGCUCGUUGAGUCUUUGAACAAACUUGGACGGCUGCAAAAUGCCGUUGAGACUCUUAAGCAGCGAUUACCAGUUGAGCUCUUCGGAAUCGUCAAUGAGACGAUUAACGAAGUAGACCAACGCCACCCAAGCUCCCUACGUGGAGGAUCAGCCAAGGGCGAAGGUCUCCACGUUUACGGAACCCGCGAGACCCAGAUGCGUGCUGAUGUCAUCUUCGAUCUACUUUGGACGCUCUACGGCAAAUUUGAGGCAAUUGCUGAAGGACAUCGCAUCUUUCACGAAUCCAUCAAGAUCCUCAUCCGUCGCGAAGGCGCUGGUAACAACAGUGCUCUCCUUGGCAGCUUCAAGGAGCUGUGGAAUCUCUACCAAAACGAGAUCAGGACUCUCCUGCACAAUUAUGUCACGACCGAGGCAGAUGUUUAUCAAUUUGAUUCUCCCCAACCAGGCAAUACACUCGGUGGCAAGAAGGAUGCUAUGCGAGAGCACCUGUUCAAGUUCUCCGAGGCUGAUGCCAAGUCCGUUGAUAUGGCGACGGAGUUUGAUGCCCUGGAGAACAUCAUCCAAGCGGCUGUUCCCGGUCUAGGUGGCCGAAAAGCCGACAAGAAGAACCGACCGGCUGCUGAUAGCGGAAACAGAAGAGGUGGUGAGUCCGGAUUCGGGAGCAAUCAACAGACGGUCGGUUCGUACAAGUCUCUGGUAGAGCCCAGUGUCUUCAAUAUGAGCCUCCUGCUGCCUCCAACGCUCGUGUUUCUGCAGAGACUCAAGGGUAUUGUGCCACCCGGGUCAGAUCUCGCGGCCAGUACGCUAACCACGUUCCUGGAUAACUUCUUGGUCAACGUGUUUCAGCCUCAGCUGGACGAGACCUUGGCAAAACUCAGCGAUACCGUCUUCGGGGAGGCGGAUGCCUUCGCGCAAGACCCUGCCUGGAGCCAAGUUGCGCGCCGGCCUGUGUUCCGAGGAACAACUGCCUUCUUCGAGGUGGUUACCUCAUUCUGUCGCAUGCUAGGAACGAUCCCGCCCGACCAGGCCCUAAGCUCGUUGAUGGUGACUCAGAUGAUGCGAUACUAUGAUCGUUGUUUCAGCUGGUACAAGUCACUGGUGAUUCAGGCUCAGGAACAGGCUGUCGACCCAACCAACGCUAACCUAAGGGCGUCGGCUCGCCUCUCGUUGGAUGUGGGGGAUAUCCAAGAGACAAUGAAGAGGCUGUGGACGGCGGAUGAGAUGGACUGGGAGCUAGCGGAGAAGGAAGUCCACCAGCUGAUCGAACAAACCAACGACGCGCCGUUGGAAGCCAAAGACAUCAUCCAAGACCGAGAUUCAAUCUCGUCCCUGUGUCUCUUGUACACCAGUAUGAAAUGGCUUGCCGUCAAGAUUUCUGGUCUGAGAUACAUCACCAUGCACGAGACAGAUACGGCACGGCAGAACCUCUCACGUCACUCGAGCCGCCGAUGGACCCUGAUGAACGACCCAAACAAGAAUACAAGCGAGCAGGGGCCUGUGCAGUUGCCGCUGACUCAGGAUACUGUCCAAGCAUUUGACAGCAUCGUGUCGUCGUUUGAAGAGCUGGCUGGCACGGCUCUCCUAACACUGCACAUGGAAAUCCGCUGCCGUAUUGUGCAUUCCCUCCGGAUCGCACUGUCGCCGAGUGUGGCACCUUACCUGCUCGACCAGGAGGUGAAUGAGCCAGAUCCGCAGAUUCUGAAUCUCAACUCGGAGCUUGUCAACUUCGACGAGACGAUUGUGCGGUUCCUUCGGGACAAGGAGAUUUCCUUUAUCCGAACUGGAUUGGGCUUGCUAAUCAACUGCUACCUGGUGAGCAACGCCAACAUGGCGUCGCCGAUGAACAGCAAGGGUUGCGGACGGAUGCAGCUCAACAUCCUGGUGCUGCAGCAGAACCUCAAGAAUGUGGAAGAGGGCGUAGACCUUGCACGGGCGGCCAACUACUUCUCGCUAUACGAGCAAGGGGCGGACGCAAUCGUGGACAAGGCUCGGGAGGACAAGGAGCUCCAACGAGGGAACAGCUGCCAAGACGCAGAGCACUUUUCAUACGAUGAAUUGAAGGCGCUAGUAGAGCUAUGCUACAGCGAGCAGUUGGCUCACCCGGAGCGCGGAAUUGCGUCUGCUGCGAAGCGGCAGAUGGCGGAUAAGCUGCUGGGGCUGAGCGAGCACAUGUGGCAAACGUAG